GGGGGGCGACGUUUCAUACUAAUAGCGGUUCUUCACCCGGAACCACAGUCACGAAGGGUCAUCUGGCAUCGCGCUUCCAACAUGGCGGUGAAUCUUACAGACCUCUCCCUACCUCAGUUAGAGGGACUGAAAACCCAGCUAGAUCAGGAGAUUGAGUUCUUGACAUCUUCAAUAGGUCAGCUCAAAGUUGUCCAGACCAAGUAUGUUGAAGCAAAGGAUAGUUUGAAUGUUCUAAACAAAAACAAUAAAGGAAAAGAAUUGCUCGUGCCGCUCACCAGUUCUAUGUACGUCCCUGGAACAUUAAAUGACGUGGAACAUGUUUUGGUGGAUGUGGGGACAGGAUAUUAUGUUGAAAAGAAUGUGGAAGGCUCAAAGGCAUUCUUCAAGCGCAAAAUAGACUUCCUCACAAAGCAGAUAGAAAAAAUUCAGCCAGCCCUUCAGGAAAAACAUGCUAUGAAACAAGCUGUGAUCGAAGUAAUGAACGUGAAGAUCCAGCAACUACAACAGAGCCAACAGGCGGCUGUGACCACCAAGGCUUAAUGAGAAUACCUGUUCUUCAUGAUUUUUUUAUGUUUGUGUGCAAAAAAAACUUACACCUGCUGUUGUAAGACAAUAAAAUGCCCUUCGUUAACCUGAUGAAAUUAUGUUAAAACAUAAAAAAAUAAAGGUUUUUGUUUCUAUCUGAAGUAAGUGCACAAACCUGGAAAGUAAAGUAGGUUAUUGUCAUGGUAAAGCAGCAUAUACUUAUUUUUAAUUCUUUUAACUGUAUUUGCAUAAUUGAAAAUGUCACUGUGCAUUCAAGGAACAUUAAAGGUCUGCCAGUGACAGCCAGGGCUGGAGGCAUUAUGUUU